CAAAGUUAAGAUUUUUAGUUGUCGUUGUGGGGGGUUACCACCACUAUUCUACGCUGGUGGGGAUCCGAAAAAAAAAGUGUCAAUUGUCGGUGUUGUUUUGUCCCGGGGUUCGCUUUUCGCUUGUUGUUGUCCCUAUUUAUCAGCAACUGCAAACAAUAAAUUGCUGAGAAACGCAAAACAGUUUCUAGGAAAGACGGUCAACAUGGAUUUCAACUUUUCCGCAUUUCAAGAGCCCCGUGGGGUAAUGAGAGUUCUACAUUUAAUAUUUUCAAUUUGUGCCUUUGCCACUAUCACCGGCUACUCAGGCUCUAUAUCGUUCUCGUGCAAUCAAACUGCGAAACUGGAAUUUUCGUAUCCGUUCACUUUGGUAGACACAGUGAAGCUCAACGACAACGGCAGUUGCACUGCAAUAAUCAGAAAUGACUUUUCUUCGGAUUCCAGAUUCUUCGUUUCCACAGGAGUUCUAGCGAUGCUUUACUCUUUGGCAAUCAUGUUUGUUUAUGUUAAAUUGGACGAGGCUUAUAAAGCAAACAAAAUAAUUCCUCUAUCUGAUUUUCUAGCAACAGUAUUUUUGGCUGUUUUGUGGAUUUCCAGUAGUGCUGCUUGGGCUCAUGGUUUAACAGGAUUGAAAACUGUAACAGAAAACCCAGUCAUAAUGCCAGACGGAACCUGCUGCCCUGGUGGGAUCACCACUAGUAGUUUCUCCACACUUAAUAUUUCUGUGAUCUUUGGAUUCCUCAACUUCUUCCUAUGGGCUGCCGACUUGUGGUUUCUUUACAAGGAAACCGAUUGGUUCCAAGGGACUGCUCCUACAACAACUAGCGGAGUCUAAAAAGGUUGCAGCAAUCAGCUUUCUGACAAAGGCACCUAUAUCAAUCAUAAUUUAAUGUGUUGUGUUUAUUACCUGUACGUGACUAAUGAUUUUUUUGUAACAUGGCUAUUUCAAGAAGGUAUUUCACAACAUGCCAUAUUUUUUUUUUUUUUUAUUAGUGUAAAACUAUGAAAUUUUGAAAACACUGGUAACUUUUUUUUCAAUAAUGCCCAAAAGUGGUUGUGUAGUUUUAGAGGCAUUGUUGUUUGUUAUGUGGCUAUACUUGAUUACUGAAGUGUCAUUUUCUUGUUAAACUAGAUGUUUAAGUGUAAUAUUUCAUGUGGAGCAAAUAGACAUUUUAAAACAUCAUCCUUCAGAUGAUUUUUUUUUGUGGGGCACUCAUUUUAAACAUAAUCUAAUGUCGUUCAUAGAAACGCUAAUUGAAACCAAAGAAGUUAUAUAUAUUGUAAGUGUAAAAUCUCAAGAUUAACUUUAGAGAUAACAAAACCUGCGUUCAAACAUUAUUAUUAUCAAGUGUUACGUUAAGUUAAAGCAUUGUAUAAUAAUGUUGUCAGGUCAUGUCAACUUAUGUCAAAAAUUUCCUUUGAGUUCUUAGAAAAAGUACAGGCAGCAUUUAUCAAUAACGAUUAAUUUAGCAAGUAUGUAUUUGUGAAGCACUAUAAAAUACCAUCAGUUUCAUGUAAAUUUUAAUCCUAUAGUUUGUUAAUCCUAAACUAGCAAAAAUGAAGAACAUAAGGCAAGGAAUAAUAAUUACACACAUUAAAGUAGGACAGUUGAAUUUUAUGCAGUGAUUAGAUUGGACCAGAAAUUGACAAUCUGAUUUUGUGCCUUGCUAGCUGUUUUUAGUUUUUUUAGGAACCCAAAACUGAUAAAAAUAUGCUGUUGAUUUUUAACAAUAGGCACAAAGGCAUUAGAUUAUCCAUCGAACUUUUGGUGCUCCAGAUUAUAGCUCUUGCCAAAGUAGAAAUAUUGUGAGGAUUGUUUUUUUUUUACCCUGUUUCUUGCAUUGGUGAUACCCACUAUCACCAAUAUCAUCACACUUUAUUUAGUACCAGCUACAAAAUGGAAUAUAGAGAGAUUCUAAAGUAAUUUUAAUUUAGAGUUUAGAUGAUAUGAAAUGGACAGUCAAUAAAGUAAUGUCAUUAAUUAAGAAAAAAUCAUAUUUAAAGGUUUGCUUUUGAGAGCCAGUAAUUUUUUAAUUUGGAAUGGGUCGACUGUACAAGUGAAUGUAGUGGCAUUUUAAUAAUAUGUAAUCGGUUUUAGAAAACAAAAAUAGCUCAAAAAUAUCUGUUUCAAUCAUAUCAAUGUACUUAAAAUUAAAAACAAAUAGUAUUUUGUUAAUAUCAUUCAUAAAAAUUAAAAGUAUUUUUAUACCUGCCUUAUUUAACCAUAAGUGUAUUGUCAUGGGAGUAUUUUUUAUUUUAAAUAAACCUUUUUGUUUAA